CCGUGCGUUCUCCCGCGGCAGAGAAGUAAAGAACGAAGUGGAGUGAGAGAGAAAUGGGAGAGUGGAGGGAAGAAAAGGGGAAAAGAAAGGGGAACCCACGUGACCUGACCGCCGCCGCCGCCGCUUCUCCUCCCCUCCGUCCCGGAGGAGUACAAAAGUGGCCGCAUGGGUGCCCUCGGGAGAGUCGGGAGAAGUCUCCGGAGGCACACAACUCGGACGUCUCUGCUCUCCUCUCCCGUGGUUCCCCGUAUAACACCCGUGUGUGUCGUGAGCGCUCCCGUCUCUUCCCUACAAGGGACGUCCCACGCCGGAGGGAACACGCUCAUCGGCUCCCGCAUCUCGCCUUUCCCGACUUCCCCCAACGACACCAAAGAUGAGUGCCAGCUUCCCGGUGGUGCCCGCUCGUUGGCUGGCGGCUGCGCUGCUCGUGUGCUCGUUGGUGGCGCUGACGCAGCCAGGCAGCUGCGCGGCGCGCAACCUGCACAAGCGCUCCUUCCUCGAGCUCGGUUGCCGCGGGAACUUCGAGCAGUCGUACCUGGCCCGGCUCGAGCGCGUCUGCGAGGAGUGCUACCAGCUCUACCGCGAGCCGCAGGUCUACAACCUAUGCAGAGGCAGCUGCUUCAAGAACGAAAACUUUGACCUGUGCGCCGACGCCCUCCUUCUGAAAGACGAAAUGACCGAUCUUCGACGCAUGAUCAACUACGUCUACGGAUGAUCCAGAACCGUCCCGGCAUCUGCUUUAGUUCACGGGAAGCAGGCAGAGAGGAGGUCGAGGCAGUGUGUUCGCUAGAGAUAGUAGAUAAAGAGAGAGAGAAGAGAGAGAGUACAACUUUGAGAAAGGGUAGCUAAGAAAAAAAAAAAAAACUCAGCCUUCCUCUCUGACUACUUCGACUCCUUACGAUAGAAAAAACAAAACAAACAAAAACAAACAAAUCAACGAAACGACACAACGAAGAAAUGCAAAGCGACCACUCGUCGAACGCCCAUCGAACCAUCCGUCCACGAUAUAUACGAAAAGCGACAACGAACUUUCUGUUUAUUGUCUAUUGUAUAACUUAUUUAAUUAUUGAGUGUUUCUGAGAGAUUGAUUUGAGAACGAAUCAACAGAUCAUGAGUGUAGUGAGCGCACGCGAUAUAUUUGUUUUCCUUUUGUUCUGUUGUAUAGUAACCGCUCAUUGCGAAGUUCGUAAGACGGGGAUGCCGUCGCGCGAACUUGUGCUAUAGUGAGCACGCUGGCCUCGCGGCGUUAAUCUUCCUUUUGCUUUUGUUGUCAUUGUUUUUGUAUUCUUGUAUAUUGUUGCAUUGCGUUGUUUAUGCAAGAAGCCACGUGCUCCGUUGGAGAGAGUUCGUGAUGACGCCCGUGCGCAGCGUCAAAGUCGAUGCGCAUCGAAUCUCGGUUCUAGCCAUGCGACUAUUUGAUAGCAGCGGCUCGUCAAGAGCAACUACGCGCCUUAAGAGCGGCUUGGAAGGUCUGGAGGAAGCCGCGGUUCGGUGACGAUAAGUGCUAUGUUCUUAGUGUGAGUGCACACCUUCAAGGUUCCAGGUUCGAAUGCUUGCGAGCCCUGGGUCAGCUACGACGAUCCUAAUACAGUGAAUUGCCACUUUUGCGGUCCUCAAAGCAGUUGAACGUAUAAAUUGGUAGCCUUAUGGGUAUAGAUCGUGAAAAUGGAUCCUAGAUCGUGAAAAAUGGAUCCCGGCAACCACACACCGUCUCAGAUAAUCCGUGCAGUGCCACGUAAGGUACGGAUCGCGUCAGCUAACAAAUAGCUAGAACCAGGGGGAGGGCUGUCUAACUGUCCGCCGCUAAUCCGUUCGUUCCUGACGUCUGCUGAUUAGGAUUACGGAGGGAUUAACGGCCGAUCUCCUUUUCAUGUGGGGCAGAGCCGGUUCUCGUUCCUGAUUGGCUGACGAAACCGCUAGUUUUCAGUGCACUACAUAAUGUUCACGAGGUGGGGUAUAUACUGUUAUCCUGCUCCGCAAAAACGAAUAGACGAACAAACCGCCUAGCAGACGACGUAACAUUUAACGUCUGCUGCGGCUGAAAAAAAAAAAAAAAAGCUACGGAUUUCUGCACUUGUGUAUUGGAUUUUACCGGUAAAUACGUCGGGCUUGAUUUAAACGUGAGAUUCUAUCUUAGCAAUAACCUGAAUUAUGUAUGAAGGUCCUAACCCCAAGAACAUGAUCGGCUCCAAUCACUCCGAAUGUGAAAGCUGAAACGUACGGAAGUUAUUCAUACCGUGCUGAGAAAUUCGAGACCGAUCUUGGGCGAAAAGGAGGAAAAUGUUGUCUGUAUAUCUAGGGCUUGCCUGGCAGUACUUCAGGGAGAACUCGCAGGCGAACUGAUUAUAACGUUUAAACUUCAGGCUUUCACCUCUGCAAAACUGGUUGCCGAAAUUCGCGAACAGGCCCGCCAGCACUCCUUUGAAAAGACGUCGAAUUUUCAGUUGAAUAUUUAAUGCUUCAAAAUUAAAGGAUUACAAUAAUCAUUCAUUCAAGCCUCAAAUCACAGAGUUCUUGAUCAGAAUGAUCGAUUGGACGGUUGCACCGAUACCCUCGAAGGUUUCUGCGUUCUCACACCAAGGGCAUAGCUUAUCGUAGGAUCUGAUAACUCGAGAAAGUAACUUUUCGGACUUGUUCCUAUAUGCAGUUCUUUUUUUUUUUCCCUUAUUGCUGUUACAUUUCUGUUCAUUUUGUACAUACCGCAAGGACAUUCUGUCGUUUCUGUACAGGAGAAUGACUACUCUUUUAGACGAUUGCCUUUUUGCUGGUCACCGACUGAGAUUAAUUGAGGCUUGUGUUGUUUCUUUUAUCUUGUUUACGUGUUUUGUUGUUUUUAACCUUGAGUCUCAUCGCGUGUCUAUUCUGUGUUCUGCGUUGUCUUCAGAGAGACUAUACGCUUGUACAUAGAAAACAUACGUCUGUUGAGAACACAUCUUUUCAUUUUAAUUUAAUGCACGCUGUGCACAUAGGUCCGAGACUCGUGUAUUUUAUUGUAUAGAACCGAUACCGGCGAAUAUACGCCUCAUUUUUUUUUUUGCGCGCGCGCUGAGAAAAACAGUAUUAUUUAUUUAAUAUACAUCUUAUAUGCGCGUCUUAUUUAUGUUCUAAGUUAUGCAUAAACAUAUACAGGGUGUGAAAUGUGAAGGCGACUGAGAGUUUAAAGCGUGAUUGAGAGCCGAGAUUUAAAAGAAAAGGAGAAAAACGCCACCGCAUUUUAUUGCAGAACUGAUUCUUGAUAUUAAAUUGCAUCUCAACAGAAAGAGAAUCGAAGGCAACAAAAAGGUCAAUAGAAACACAAUUUAUACGACGAUUUUCUAAGGGUUGUUAAUAUUUAUUUUGUGAUAUUGUAGUUAUUCUGCGCUGAAUAAAUUGGUCUUUGUAGCCGGAUUCUUUACAAAUAAUGUUUUCGGAAUGUUUUUUUUUUUUUUUUAUUUUUAUGCCGGAGGUAAAGGAUUUCGGUUUUCUUUCUUUCUUUUUUUGUGCAAUGUAUUCCGCGCCUACGCGAUUUUACAUUUGUGCUCAGGAUGGUACGAUAAGACACUGAGAUACCGAAAGAUCCGAUUGAAAAAAGUAUAUGUUGAUAGGGCGAAUGAGACUAUGGUACAUCAUAUGUAGCACGUCUAUUUAUUUCCUCACGAUUCUGAACCGCUUUGUUCUCUUUGAUGAAAGUGUGCUUUCACCGCAUUUCUUUUGUAGAAAGAAAACAGAGUCGCUGUGGCAUUGGUUUACACUUGCUGUUCCUUAUGUACACGUAUGAUUUCUUUGUGUUCAUGGUUUCUGGCGGGGAAAAAAAAAAGAGGGAAAUAUGCACAAAUCACAAAACGAGAAUAUAUUAUAUAUAUUUACACUUGAAACAAGAAACAAACCAAGGAAAAAAACGGAACCUUGGAAACAUUUCCAAGAUGCCAAGGAAGGUGUCUCCUGCGAACGAGAAUGGGAGAGUGAAGAAAAAAAAAAAGAGAAAUAAACAUGAAAAAAA